UGUGUAUUCAACAAUAGACCUCUAACUAACAAGAUCACAAAAUAUCUGACAGUCUGUGCGUAUUCUGGACAACCCAAAGGACGAUUUUAAACGACGGCAAGCUAACUAAUAAGAUCAAGAAAGAUCUUACAGUCAGUGCAUAUCUCUACAACCAAAAGGACAGAGCACUAAACGCAAACUACCAAUAAGAAAAAUAUCAGUCGGUGCAUAUCCUGGAUAACGAAAAGCACAAUUUUAAAUAUUUCUGCAUAAAAUCUAAAAAUGUACUCAAAGUUUUAUCAACCUUUAACCUGCAUAUAUUUCACCAAUGGGAACGAGGGAAGAGAAUCGAGAAGUCACAACCUCUAGAUCUAUUCCGGUUGGAACUGUCAGUGAGCGUGUGCAGAUCAAAUCAAAAUCAAAAUCUGUAACAAACGGUCAAAUAAAAACAAUGAAUAAAGCAAACGGGCACGUGAAGUCGAAUACGCUCACACCAACUCAAACUCGGACGGUAGUCAAUGGUUUCAUCUCUCAAGGUCGUGUGUCCGGUGGGAAAUACUUAGUGACUGGAACUCCACAAGGAGUGACGAAUCUUGGAUUUGAAAAUACUUCAGACGGUCAAACGCCGACAAAGCCCAGACAUUUAUCAUACCCCGAUGAUCUCUUUGAAUCACCUCCUUCAAAACCACGAUCACGACACAGUCGUGGACACUUGGUUGCUAAUAACGGAACUCUUAAAUUCUCGAAGCUGACGUUAGCGCGGAAACAUCACCCUAGCAACCAUUCUCACGGACACGGACAUGGGCAUACCACUCAUUCUCACAGACAUCAUGAUUCUCCCGACCACCUUGUCUCGUAUUUCGAUAUCGAGUUGAAUCAAUCCCAUGAUUAUCAAUAUCGACCUGGUGAAGAACUUGCAGGAAACGUCGUGAUGGACGUUUCACGCAAUCUUGAAAUUCGAUUUCUGGAAUUAAUGAUUAUAGGAGUUGGAAAUGCGACCAUCAUGAAAUCCGGAAAACUGAGUACACAGCGUGAAAGUUAUAUAUACAAAAAAACAUGUGUUAUUGGAUCCAACGAAUCGAAAUAUACUUCCGUCUUGACUCCGGGAAAAUAUGUGUCUAAUUUUCGAUUUCGUCUGCCGAAAGAUAUUCCCACGACAACAGACUAUUCAGAAUAUCGCAGUGGAUUACGAUUGGACAUUUCAUAUUUUUUGAAAGCAAGGCUAUGUGGUGAUCCAAGCAGCACUUCUAUAUAUAGUGGCAUGUCCGGCGGUAACGCGAAAUUUAAAUCACUAUUAUCUAAGAGAAGACCAUUCAAUGUGUUACGACCGUUCGACAUCAAUAUGUUGCCAGAUGGGAAUAAUUCCAUUUCACAUACGGAGGAGGUCGUUUUGUCGUGUGGCAACAACAGCACUGCCACUAUCAACAUGGGCUUAGACAGAAGCGUCUUUAUGGCGGGAGAUAACAUACGUCUGCAACUAAGCGCCACCAUUCCAUCAAAGCGUAAAAUAUUAGAAAUAACGUGUACGUUACAGCAGCAUGUGACUCUGAAAUCCCCGGGACACCGGGCCACGUACUCACUGAUAGAACUUCAUAACAAAAAUCCAGAAUCCACGGCCGUCGUAACGACAGAAAAACAAAUGAGUACAUCGUCUUAUGAUGUCAUACUGUCUACUAAUACAGCGAUGCUUUCUUCGUUUUUAUUCGGCUGUCAUAUGGUCAAGGUCACUUAUUCCGUUAAAACUGUUCUCAAAUUCUCGUCAUCAGGUGGAAAAUUGUCAAUAGCCAUUCCAAUCGCCAUCGGACCAUGUGCCGAACCGAUUUACUUCGAGAAAUCAGCGAUAAAGAAAGCAGUUCCAGUGUUUAAUCGAUCCCUUCGCUUUCCGUGUUUUACUCCAACGAGAAAUAGUUCGUCUUAUUCACUAGAACAGGGAUCGCAGUCAUCCCGAAACAUUCACGUUGUGUCGAAAUAUACGAGCAGUUCUAUUGGACGAUGUUUUACCUGUUGUUUUACAGGAAUUGACGGAAUAUAAUAAAUUUAUGAUAGAUCAAAAAAAAAUAAAAAUAAGUCCAGCUAUACCACAAUUGAACAAUAGGGGGAUUGGAUGGCCGAAUGGUUAGCAUGUGCGCACUGUAUCAUAAGGUCUGUCAUUGAGUCAACUGGCGUGGUUUCGAUUCCCUGGUUGUACCUGGCAAGGAGUAUUGUUGCCCAUCCACCCUUGUGGAUUUUCUCUGUGUCCUCCGGUUUCCUCCCACUGCUAAAGACCCCAAGGCCAGGGUUAAAAAUAUUUCAGUUUGCCCAAACCCGACUCAUGAUGAUUAGGUAUGGGUAGGUAGGUAGGCAAAUUCUUUUUUUUUUUUGGGAGGACCAGACUUUGAGAACUAAAUGCAAAAACAAAACAAUAUUUAAACUUUAAACUCUAACUUUUUUAUUAGGCCUAACGAAACAGUCAUAACCAUUUUGUCCGUUGUCUUCGUGUCUAUUUCAUCAACAGUGACAUCAUCAAAGACGUCCCUCCAUGUCUUACUGUUGUUAAAUCGCUGCAACUUGUUCGAAACGAUUGGUUUUACUUUAUUUUCGGUUUUUAUCACUACCGAAGACGACAGUGUAAAGUAAUUGUCCGCCAUGACACAUAUCGUUCCUUAACAACAACUAUCGCGAUAAAUAACGAGAUUUAAGGAAAUCACAUGUCGAGUUUGGUGUUACUAUGUAUAGACAUGACAGUGGCUGUUCAACCUCCCGACCGAUUAUUUCGCGUUUGGGUGUCAUUGUCAAGCGUAAAAAUAAUGCUGCUAAAAAAAAAAAUCUUCAAAAACGGCAAUAAAAGAAUUUGACUCGGCGGCUUUUUUUUGGGUCGGUCGCGUUUGGGCAAACAGACAAUCUUUUAAUUUUAGCCCAAUGCGCAAGCGAAUUAUUGAAAUAAAAUUGAACCCUAUGUUAGUCCCAAAAUGACCUAGUUUGUGUCGAGUAGAAGCUAAACCCAAUUUCUCUCUCUAAAUACUAUAAGCAUCUUUAUUCUUAUCCUCAUUACCAUCAUCAUGAUAACAACCAUUAUCAUUAAAGAUACAUUAUGUAAGAUUUAGAUAACGAGCUGACCAGGCUUGCUAUAAUAUUUCAACAAUAGAUUAUCAUUCAAAUUACUUUAUUCUGAGCCAAGUUAUCACUGUCUGUAGUUUUGAGAAGAUGUGUGCAUUGUGGUAACCCGGGCACUGGUAUAUUAAAGACUUAGCCUCGCUUUCGCAUUCGAAUCUAGUUAAAAUCUUGAGUACCCGAUGCCAUCAAGAGUUGAUUAUGGUCUGGAUAAGUUAAUUAAUGUCUAAUUACUAAUUUAGAAAACAUUUCAGGCCUAAAGAAAAACCUGCAAUAGGCAGAUGUAUGCUUAAUAUUACCAGCUGUUUUACCAUGUAUUGUACAUCUAGAGCACUGUGACAAUUUUUUUAUAGGAUUUUCGUGAAUACCAGUAUAACCCUGAAGAAACAAGAAGUGAUAUACCACCAGACCUAUGUAUUUCCUUAGAUUAUAUAAAUUAUACUAUAUAUAUAAAAAAAUAAAAAAUAAAAAAUAAGUCCAGUUAUACAUCAAAUCAUUAGCUGUCUCCUAUUUAUAUAAGCAUCUAUAUUAUUAUUAUCAAUAUUAUUAUCUAUAGGCCUAUGUUAAUAUUAUUAUUACUAGCUGACAGCUGUUUGAUGAUUAAACAUAAUAAUAAACUAGUCUUCAUAAUAAACAUGCCUCUCUUCAUAUUGUAAUUCAUGUAUAAUUCAUCUUAUUUCAUAAUAACUUGACUGCACAUAUAAUAAUCUACAGUGUAUAGACUCUUUUAUAAUACAUGUAUUUCUUUUUUUUAAUUUAA